AUGCGCGACGCCAUCGACGCAUUAGAACCUCUCGUUGCGAAGAAUAUCGACGCCCUGUCAGAGCUCUUUCUCGCUCCCGCAGUCGUGGCGCUGCCAAAUCGUUUCGAACACCAAAUUCGUGAUUGCGAACGAAUCCAGUCCGAGCUCGGUGUCACCACGUCGAAGUGCGCAUCAUACGCAGCACACUCGCGGACGAUAUUCAUGUGUGCCGCAUCGCUCGGCGCGAACGGAGAAGGGUUGGCGCGAGCGAUGGUAGAGGAGGGAUCGAGUGCGCAAUUGGCGAGCGCGUGCGGGAAGGCAUGGACUGCGGGCGAGGCGGCGGCGACGAGAGCGAUUCGGAUGACGCCGUUUGGGACGCCGAAGAUUUUGAGUGACGUGCAGUGGGAGCUUCGCGUACCGAUGACGGGGAGCGAGAGAGAGUUACUGGCGAGCUUGGACGUGGAACUCAGCGAACAGACGCCAAGCGGGAAACCGAGGCAGGACAGGUUCGCCUGCGAAUUCGAUCACGCUGAGCUGGUGCAUUUCUUCACGAACGUGGAGAAGAUUCAGACGCAAUUAGACGCGCUUAUUUAA